AAAAAGAAUAGCCUUUCGCUGACUCCUCGCGGGGGCGGAAGGGAGGUGAGCGGUGCUCGCGCCGAGCUCGCAGCAGAACGCCCGAGCGGGCACGCGCAUGGCACAGUCUCUCUGUGAGAAAAGGCGGGGAGAAGGGAAAGGAGACAACCGGGGCGGGGAGUGAGGCGGCUGCUGGUGCUGCGUUCCGUGUGGCGAAGGAGAGACGCUGUCGAACAGGAAGCGCUGCCACCACCACAUCCAGCGCCGCUCCGUGCCUGUACUGAAGCGAAAGGGGCAAAGUCUGGGCUUGUGAAAGGAGGUGUGAGGCGGCGCCGGGAGACGGGAUUCCUAUCCGCCAGCCUCUGUUUUCGUUUUUUUUCCUCUCCCCCCCCCCUUUUUACAAUCUACCGGGAGCUCCGUGUAGAAGCCGCGCGGCCCGGCGCGGCCCUCCUAUCGUGUAGGUGGCUCCGAGAGCCCCAGAGGGCGGCUGAGGAGGAUGUCGGGCGGCGGUGGAGGUAGCCGGGAAGAGGAACGGCGCAAGCUGGCCGACAUCAUCAACCACUGGAACGCGAACCGGCUGGACCUGUUUGAAAUUAGCCCCCCCACAGAGGACUUGGAAUUCCAUGGAGUUAUGAGAUUUUAUUUUCAAGACAAAGCAGCUGGAAAUUUUGCAACAAAGUGUAUCCGUGUAUCUAGCACUGCCACAACUCAGGAUGUGAUAGAGACGCUCGCAGAGAAAUUCCGGCCAGAUAUGCGAAUGUUAUCAUCCCCCAAAUACUCCCUCUAUGAAGUUCACGUCAGUGGAGAAGAAAGAAGAUUGGAUAUAGAUGAGAAACCUCUAGUUGUACAGUUAAAUUGGAACAAAGAUGAUAGAGAGGGAAGAUUUGUACUCAAGAAUGAAAAUGAUGCACUUCCUCCAAAGAAGGCUCAAAGCAAUGGCCCUGAAAAACAGGAGAAGGAGGGAGUGAUCCACAAUUUCAAACGUACUCUAUCAAAAAAAGAAAAGAAGGAGAAAAAGAGACGAGAAAAAGAAGCAUUGCGGCAAACUUUAGAUAAUGAUGGACCUUUUCACGGGGACGAUAUUGAGAAUUCUCGUCUUGCAGCAGAAGUCUACAAAGAUAUGCCUGAAACCAGUUUCACACGCACAAUAUCCAAUCCAGAGGUGGUAAUGAAACGGCGGAGACAGCAAAAGUUAGAGAAGAGAAUGCAGGAAUUCCGGAGCUCUGAUGGCAGACCAGAUUCAGGAGGGACAUUGAGAAUUUAUGCUGACAGUCUGAAACCAAAUAUACCAUACAAGACAAUCCUGCUGUCUACUACAGAUACUGCAGAUUUUGCAGUUAUUGAGGCAUUGGAGAAGUACGGUUUAGAAAAGGAAAAUCCAAAGGACUAUUGUAUUGCGCGUGUAAUGCUUCCUCCUGGUGCUCAGCAUUCUGAUGAUAAAGGUGCUAAAGAAUCUAUUCUUGAUGAUGAUGAGUGUCCACUUCAGAUAUUCAGGGAAUGGCCAAGUGACAAAGGGAUACUGGUAUUUCAAUUAAAAAGGCGGCCACCUGAUUAUAUCCCAAAGAAGUUGAAAAAACAAGUAGAUGGAAAGCCAUUAAAGGGGAAGGAGAGAGUUGACGGGUCUGGUUAUGGCUCUUCCCUUCCUCCAGAGAAACUACCUUAUCUUGUUGAACUAAGUCCAGGGAGAAGGAAUCAUUUUGCCUACUACAACUAUCACACUUAUGAAGAUGGUUCUGAUUCCAGAGAUAAACCAAAGCUCUAUCGUUUGCAAUUAAGUGUGACAGAGGUUGGUACAGAAAAAUUUGAUGAAAACUCAAUCCAGUUAUUCGGUCCAGGAAUUCAACCUCAUCAUUGUGACCUCACUAACAUGGAUGGAGUUGUUACAGUUACCCCAAGAAGCAUUGAUGCUGAGACUUACGUAGAAGGCCAGCGGAUCUCCGAGACCACAAUGCUGCAAAGUGGCAUGAAGGUUCAGUUUGGGACCUCUCAUGUAUUUAAGUUUGUGGAUCCUGUUCAAGAUCACAUUCCUAAAGGACGUCUGGAGGCAGGUCACAUGGUCAAAAGUUCACGACUCAAAGCUGGAACUGUACAGGAAACUACAUUUGAUUUGGAGGGUGACAUCCAUAGUGGAAUAGGAUUACCUACUAGCAAGAGCACCAACAGGUUGGACAGUGACAGAAUGUCAUCUUCCAGCACAGCUGAACGUGGCAUGGUGAAACCAAUGGUCAGAAUAGAACAGCAGGAUUACCGCAGGCAGGAUGGCAGACCUCAGGAUGGACAUGGACCUGAACUGGUAUUACCUGCAAGCAUUGAAUUCAGGGAAAGCUCUGAAGAUGCCUUUUUGUCUGCCAUCAUAAAUUACACCAAUAGUUCAACAGUGCAUUUUAAGCUGUCUCCUACUUAUGUUUUGUACAUGACAUGUCGGUAUGUAUUGUCGAACCAGUAUAGACCUGACAUCAGUCCUGCUGAACGUAGUCACAAAGUCAUUGCAAUAGUCAACAAGAUGGUGAGCAUGAUGGAAGGAGUUAUACAGGAGGUAGACCAGGUUGAUCAGAAACAGAAGAAUAUUGCUGGGGCUCUUGCUUUCUGGAUGGCAAAUGCAUCUGAAUUACUAAACUUCAUUAAGCAGGACCGAGACCUUAGUAGGAUUACAUUAGAUGCACAAGAUGUUUUGGCACACCUAGUUCAAAUGGCAUUCAAAUAUCUGGUUCAUUGUCUUCAGUCAGAGCUUAAUAACUACAUGCCUGCAUUUCUUGAUGAUCCAGAAGAAAAUAAUCCUCAAAGACCUAAAAUAGAUGAUGUCUUGCAUACACUAACUGGAGCAAUGUCCCUCUUGCGACGCUGUAGAGUGAAUGCAGCACUGACUAUACAACUCUUCUCCCAACUAUUUCAUUUUAUCAACAUGUGGCUUUUUAACAGACUGGUUACUGAUCCAGAUUCAGGAUUGUGUUCACAUUACUGGGGAGCAAUCAUCCGUCAGCAGUUGGGACACAUUGAAGCGUGGGCAGAAAAACAAGGCUUAGAGCUGGCUGCUGAUUGUCACCUUAGCAGAAUAGUACAAGCAACUACAUUACUUACUAUGGAUAAAUAUUCACCUGAAGACAUUCAAAGUAUUAACAGUACCUGCUUUAAACUCAAUUCUCUGCAACUGCAUGCAUUGCUACAAAAUUACCAUUGUGCUCCAGAUGAGCCAUUCAUCCCAACAGAAUUAAUAGAAAAUGUUGUAGCUGUUGCAGAAAAUACUGCUGAUGAGCUCGCUCGUAGUGAUGGUAGAGAAGUACAACUAGAAGAGGAUCCUGAUCUGCAGCUACCCUUUCUUCUGCCAGAAGAUGGUUACUCAUGUGAUGUUGUUAGAAACAUUCCAAAUGGGUUGCAAGAAUUUUUAGAUCCUCUCUGCCAAAGAGGUUUCUGUAGACUGGCACCCCAUCCACGUUCACCAGGAACAUGGACAAUAUAUUUUGAAGGUGCAGAUUAUGAAAGUCAUCUACUACAAGAGAAUGCUGAUCUGGCUCAACCCUUAAGGAAAGAGCCAGAGAUCAUCACUGUGACAUUAAAGAAGCAAAAUGGGAUGGGUCUGAGCAUUGUAGCUGCUAAGGGUGCUGGCCAAGAUAAACUUGGAAUCUAUGUAAAGUCCGUGGUGAAAGGUGGUGCUGCAGAUGUGGAUGGUCGGCUGGCUGCAGGGGAUCAGUUGCUUAGUGUCGAUGGCCGCAGUUUGGUUGGACUUUCCCAAGAAAGGGCAGCAGAGCUGAUGACAAGAACAGGAUCAGUAGUGACUCUAGAAGUGGCAAAACAAGGAGCAAUUUACCAUGGCCUAGCAACUCUUCUUAAUCAGCCAUCCCCAAUGAUGCAAAGAGUGUCAGAUCGCCGUGGCUCAGGUAAACCCCGACCAAAGAGUGAAGGCUUUGAGCUAUAUAACAACUCUGCUCAGAAUGGAUCGCCUGAGAGUCCUCAACUAACUUGGCCAGAAUAUAAUGAACCAAAGAAGUUACCAGGAGAUGACAGACUGAUGAAGAAUCGGGCUGAUCACCGAUCUAGUCCCAAUGUAGCAAAUCAGCCUCCAAGCCCUGGAGCCAAGAACACUUAUGCAAGUGGGACUACUAACAAGAUAACAUCAGUGUCUACUGGAAAUCUUUGUACAGAGGAACAGAUACUACCACCCAGACCAGAAGCAUAUCCUAUCCCGACACAAACUUACACCAGGGAGUACUUUACAUUUCCAGCAUCCAAGUCUCAGGAUCGAAUGGGACCUGCUCAGAAUCAGUGGUCAAGUUACGAAGAGAAGCCACAGAUCCCAGCAGAAAGUAAUCAUUAUAUCACUGCGACAAUACAGCGUGCAACACGUUCUCAGGAAGAACUACGAGAUGAUAAAGGGUAUCAGCCAGAAAGGAAUCGAUUAGAUGUUGUAAUACGAAAGGAUGUGGAAUAUAUAGAUCGGAAAUCAGAUAGUGAUCCUUGGAUGAAUUCUUCUGUGGAUUCUAGCACAUCAAGCCAAGAGCAUCUAAACCAUUCUUCGAAAUCCAUCCCCACUGGUUCUUCUUUAACCAAAAGUGGACCUGGUCGUUGGAAAACUCCUAUUGCCCCUCAACCAAUAUUGACAACAUCCCAGUCCACCAGAACAGACCUUCCUCCCCCUCCGCCUCCCCCACCAGUGCACUAUGCGGCUGACUUUGAUGGACUACAAAUGGAUUUGCCUCUGCCACCUCCACCGCCACCUCCAAAUCAGUUGGGCCCUCAGGCAUCAUCUCAGGUUGCUGCUGCUGCUGAGCGUAAAAAGAGAGAAGAACAUCAAAGAUGGUAUGAAAAAGAAAAGGCACGUUUAGAGGAAGAACGAGACAGGAAACGUAGAGAGCAGGAAAGAAAGCUGGGCCAGAUGCGUGCUCAGCCAUUAAUUCCUGCUCAGUCCCUCCUGCCUCCUGUUUCAGUUCAGCAGGUGAAACCAGAAAAACCUUCAACACUGCAGAGGUCUCAGGAAACUGUCAUCCGAGAAUUACAGCCCCAACAGCAACCCCGAACCAUUGAACGGAGAGAUCUGCAGUACAUCACCAUAAGCAAAGAAGAGUUAUCCUCUAGUGAUAGCUUGUCACCUGACCCUUGGAAGCGAGAUGCAAAGGAGAAGUUGGAGAAGCAACAGCAAAUGCACAUUGUGGAUAUGCUGAGCAAAGAGAUCCAAGAACUUCAGAACAAGCCAGAUCGCACAGCUGAAGAGAAUGAUCGCCUGCGCAAGCUCAUGCUUGAGUGGCAGUUCCAGAAACGAUUGCAGGAGUCAAAGCAAAAAGAUGAGGAUGAGGAUGAUGAAGAAGACGAUGAUAUUGAUACUAUGCUCAUUAUGCAGCGACUAGAAGCCGAGAGAAAGGCAAGGCAGACUGCUAUGCCAGCAAUCUCUGUUCUAGAUUUGCUACAGGAUGAAGAGCGCAGGCGGCAGCAGCAGUUGGAAGAGAUGCGUAAACGGGAGGCAGAAGACAGAGCCAGACAAGAAGAGGAGCGCUGGCGCCAAGAGGAGGAGCGAACAAGGAGAGAGGCUGAGCAAAAGAGGCGGCAAGAGGAAGAAUAUUACAAUCGCUUGGAAGCUGAAAGGCGCCGGCAGCAUGAUGAGGCAGAACGGAGAUUGCUGGAACCUGAUGAGCCUGGUCUGUACAGACCUCCGCUUCCACGGGAAUAUGAAUUCCCACCCCCACCCCUUUCAUCUAAUGCUCCUCCUCCCCCACCUCAGCGAAACACCUCUUACCUCAAAACACAGGUCCUCUCCCCUGAUACGAUUUAUACUGCCAAGUUUGUUGCUUACAGUGAUGAGGAGGAGGAGGAUUCCUGUCUAGCAGCAGGUCAGGAUAAGUACUCCAGUACAAGAAAAUCUUAUGGUGACCUUCCUCCUGCCACCCUUAAGCCACAGCAGCCCUCACGCCAGCCACGCCCAGCCUCAGAUGGCAUCUUUCUUGCCAACUCAUUCCAGCCAUCCUCGGUCAAUGCCAACAGUACUGCUUUCAAAACAGGCCAGCCCCCUCCCCCACCAAACAAACCGAGUUUCAUCAAUUCCAGCAACUUGAAAGGCUUAAACUACACUGGAUCUACUGGAGCAAUUGCAGGCUCACACGAAUCUCACCAGGAUCCGAGAGAGAAAAAAUCAAAAAGUCAAGAUACAGAGUUACCUGGUGCACCAGAGAACUUGACUUUCCGGGAGCGACAGAGACUCUUCUCCCAGGGCCAGGAUGUGUCCAACAAAGUAAAGGCAUCUAGGAAAUUAAUGGAAUUGGAAAAUGAACUGAAUACAAAAUAGGAUAAAAGGCACCUUAUUAAACAUAAAUCAGAAGAAUCUUUGUGGGACUAGAGAAGACGGUUUUUAAGAAGAGCUAAAUGUCUUCAGAUAAAUGAGAUUGAAUUCUCUGUUUGAACUGUUUUACUUUAAACAUGUUGCAAUAGCAAGAAAAAUCAUUCUUUACCAAGAGCUUUGUGGUUUAUACAAUUAAAGCACUGUAACAUAUAUUUUAAUUAAUAUGAAUCAAGUGUCAUGUCCUUUCUCCAUGUCUUACCUUUGUUUGGGGGUUUAACUACUAUUACAGUACUCCCAGUUGCUUCCUGGUUUCUUACAGAAAUCCUUUUUUAGCUGCUAAGCUGAAAGGGUGGCUAUAGCUUGAACUGCCUAAUCUCUGCACUGGUUUGUUACACUGUAGGGUGUUUGAUAAAAGCUCUGUGGUGGUAUACAAACUUAAAGAGAUAUUGACAGCUGUUCAUAUACACUAUUAGCAUAUCACUGAAAGUUAGGAUUGAAUUCAUUGGGUUACCUUGAAUAAGCUUUUGCAGUGAAAACAAGUUGAAUAUUCUGAAACUGAAGGGCUUCAAUGGAGCACUGAAUCCUUACACAAAGCAUCUAUAUCAUACAGAUAGAGCUUUGGACAUUAAACAGUUGACAUCUUGAUGGCUAUCCAGCAGAGUGACAAGUGCCCUAGUUUUCCCAGUUAUUCUCUUACCCCUAUGCUGAUCUGCAAAUCAGUUAAAACUUUCAGUGUUUUGGUGAGCGCUGAAGAGGCUAGUAGAAGCUGGAUGAAUUUAUGGAUGUGUGCGUGUGAAUGUGUGACUAGGCACAAUAGGAUUUUUAAACUAUGUAGAAAUUCUAGAUAUAAGCAAUAGGAAUAAGCUCUUACUAGUAGUCUUGUUGUAGCCAAGCCAAAACCAAAGUUAAAUUUUCACAAAGAGACUAGAUUUCAAUUACAAAUAGAUAGCAUACUAAGCACUGUGCUCAGAGGAAAUGUAGUUAUUGCAGCUGCUAUGGAAAAGAAGGCUCAUAUCCUAUUGCUUAAACACAGAGUGGAAGGUUAAUCAUAUAACCAUCCUUGUUUCUCAGGCAGGCUUCCUGGAGCAUGCCUGUUCUUGCACUGGUUGCAAGGGCAGUUGUGCAGCUGAUUGCAUGUCAGAAAACCUGCUUGCCUUGUAUUUAGGUCAUAGGAUAUUGGCCAAAAUAUUGCCUGCCAAUAAGGAUUUCACUGAGGUGGCUUAACAGUGCUCUGGCCAGCACCCUACUAGUCCUUCAUGUUGGGAAGUGGUGGUCAAGCUGCCUCUGGUUUAUUAGGGUCCUUUUCUGAAAUACUGUAGCAAGUAUUGGCAGUUCAAGCUAUUUUUCACACUAUAUUGCAGCAUUAUUUAAUUUUCUAAAUGGUUGAAACCUUCUCCUACCAUUUUUCCUUCAGUUAUGUGUAUAUGGUUGAUGCUGAGAAUAAGGACCUCAUCUGAGUUUGUUUCUCAUUGUGUGAUGUUGAAAACAAUAUAUUAUAUUGUGAUUUGAAGCAAAUUUUCUAUUUCAUAAAGCCCUUAAUUGGGUUUUAGAUGAUUUUUCUGUAUAAUAUGUUCUCUUAUAAAUAUAUAUUUAGGGAAUUAUGCACACUUCCAAAUGCAGAGGAUAGACUUUCACUGCCUUAGAAAUCACUUUUAAUAAGUUGUAUGAUAAAAAAUAAAUUCAAGUUAAUGAUAUUAAAAUUGGAGUGUAAAUAUUUUUUUUACAUAUUUCAGAUUUCUUAUUUGAAAGUGUGCUUUUACCGUUCACCUGUUAAAUAUGAAGUAGGAGAUGAAAUUGGUUGAAAGUGUUAAUGAAGGAUUUGCAUGCUUGCUAUAUCUGUUAAUCAGGUAAGCAAGCCUCCCCCAAUUUAUCUUGAGAACACUAAAUAUUUUGUGGCUGGAAUAUUGUUGCUGCUAGAACCUAAGCAAAGAAAUAUCACUUAACUGUGGAGUGGAUUUGACCGCUGAUGGGCAUUCAGGCCACAUGUGAAUAUGAUCAAAAAUGCUUUUCAUAAUUGUUUGUGUAUUAUUAUGAGAAAAAAACAUCAAAACUGCUGUAGGUCCCCAUUUCUACUGUAUUUCACUUGCAACCUAUUUUUAAUAAACUUUGUAUUGUAUUUAACUGCACUGUA